AUGGGAGUCUCCACUGAUGUACCAGCUAGCACGUCAGCACAACAGCCCAUUAUCAUCCCUCCGACCGCGGAGGAAGAAGAUCAUAUUGUCCAUGCGCGUAUAACAAACGACGAACGGCCUCUGCGACGCGUCAUCAAGAAGUUUUACCAGUACCAAUCCGUUGUGAGGGAACCCAUAGUUCCUCAAAUCAAUGACGAGGGUCAAGAUAAAGACCAAGAGAAGAUUGAGCAAGCUAGGGAGGCAUUCAUGAUCGAGCUAGCAUCGUUUCAACUGCUACUGAAGAAGAGCAUACUGAUCUGUGAAGCUGAGGCUCGGCAAGUGGAGGGGUAUCAGCGAGAGAAACAGAGGAUUGACGACGAACACGGUACACUGCGCGGACAAAUUGAACAACUAAAGACAUCCCUUGAAGAUGCUCAGAUGCUUCGACGGCGAAAAAUAGAAUACGAUGUGGUAGCUGAAAAGGUGAAUUCUCUCCCAAGUAGAGAAGAAUUAGAGCAAAGUAUCGCGGCACUUGAAAACGACAUGGCAGCCAUACGCGCUGAGCACGAAACCCAAAAUCGAACAAUAGAAACCCAAAAAAUAGCCCUGGAUGGGAUCAUUUCGACGUUGAGCACAUUACGGUUUGCCGGAGGAGACGGUGCCUCGACAUCUCUUGCUCCUUCGGCAAGGGGUACGCCGGGGUUGGACGGACCAGAUGGGGAUGGCACGAGUUUGGGAAUUGGCACACCUGCACCGAUGAAAUCAGAGGAGGAGGGUGAGGAAGGUGAGGAGAAGGUGAGGGCCAGCAGUGUACCAGAUGGAGCAGAGAAAUCGGUCAAUGGAGAUGAUAUUGAAAUGGGCGAGGUAGAGGAGGAGGUCAAUAAAAGUACACGAGGAAAGAAGUCUCGGGAAGAUUUGGAAGAAGGCGAGGCAACCGAUGGUAGUAGUGAGCUGUCUGAGCCUCCUGAUGAUAUAGACUAG